AUGCUACUAACCCACCUCUUUUACCAAUCAACAUACAAGGAAGGUAAGAGGCUACAAGCAGCUCUGGUCAAGGUUGAUUUGAAGGCACGUAGGAUCUCUUUAUUGAUCAAGCCUUCAAUUGUUGGCGAGCAAGAAUUGAAUAAUGGUGCUUACCAAGCCGAAUCUGACAAUGACAACAUAGAAGACGAGGAGCUUGACCAUUCGAAUGUUGAAAAGGACAACUCGGUAGAUAUGGUCGUGACAAGCAAGAGCGCGAAUCAGUCAUUGGAUGUACAAACAAUGAUGAGAGUGUUUGGUGAAGCUUCAAAUACGGAAGCCCUGAGCGAGGGGGGAUUGCAUUGGCGUAAAGAUGAUAUAGAGCUGGGUCUUAUUACAGCUGAGGAAGCAGCAAGAAAGAUGAUUGAAAGGAAACAAGCUGGUGAUGAAAAUGCAGGAUCACAUCGUAUGGCUCAUAUCAUGGGAACUGCCAAAUCCGUCCGGCUCAAUCGAAACGCUGUGGCCAAACUCCUUUCGGUUGUCGAUGCCAAUGGGGUUGCUUUGCAGAACAAUUCUCAAAAUCACAAAUAUGAAGACGAAGACGAUGAAGAAAUUGAAGAAAUUGAAGAUGAAGAAUUGGAAACUUUGCACAAAAGUGAAUACAAAUUUAUAGACGAAAGUGAUGAUGAUGGUGUGGAAGAAUGCGAGAACUGA